GGAGUCAGGAAUCCGGGCAAACUACAGUUGCUAGAUCUUCUCUGUAGCCCAUCUUCCCAGUAACCAUCCAAAGCAGCAGCACCUAACCGCCAUCAAUAAGUAUCUCACAAAAGAGUUUGCUGCACUGAUGGGCACACCACAAUGACAAGAACCCUAAAAUCGAUGUGGCAGGUCCCGUUACCGUCUCCACCUGCCGAAAUUAGUCACGGAUGGGUCCCGCCGGGGGACCCCUGUUUCCCUGCAGUCGCCUACUUGCCCGUUCAGGUGAGGGCGCCGAAACGGGUAAGGGUUGUAAGAAAAGAACUGCUCUUUACACGUAUGCGACAUUCCCUGCCCACAGUGAGACUGCAGCGAAUCCUACGUGAAAUAGAAGGUAGCUUUUCCUGUGCAGAGAGAAGAGAAGGUGGUGGUGCGGGUGCAUUAACUCUCCGGGGGGGACGAAUGGGAGCCAGGCGGUGCACCCUCGAAGCCGGUUUUAACUCCCUGCUCGCUCCCGUAGCUUCCGAGUCCGGUGAUGAUCUCCGUGAAAUCGACUCCGAGAAUCCCAAUUGCUGUAAUCUCUCUUGUGGAGACAAAAGGAUGAGGCUCUCAUCGUCCGGUCUCGGCCGUCUGCAGGAGGAAGAGUUGUGGCAUGCCUGCGCUGGACCGCUGGUGUCGUUGCCUCCUGUUGGAAGUCGGGUGGUGUACUUUCCGCAGGGCCACAGCGAGCUGGUGGCUGCAUCAACCAACAGGGUGACCGGUUCCCUCCCCAGCUUCCCGAGCUUGCCUCCUCACCUGGUGUGUCAGCUGCAUAAUGUUACCAUGCUUGCGGAUGAAGAGACAGACGAAGUAUAUGCCCAGAUGACACUGCAAGCCCUAAGUCCACAAAACGACCUUCAUCUGCCUACUGAACUGGGCACGCGAAGCAAACAUCCGACCAAUUACUUCCGCAAGACAUUGACGGCAAGCGACACCAGCACGCACGGUUGCUGCUCCAUUCCCCGUCGAGCCGCAGAGAAAGUGUUCCCUCCAUUGGAUUUCUCACGGGACCCCCCUGUGCAGGAGCUGAUCGCCAAGGACCUCCAUGGCAAUGAAUGGAAGUUUCGGCACACCUUUCGAGGCCAGCCAAAGAGGCAUCUCCUCACCAUAGGAUGGACUCUCUUCGUGAACGCAAAGAGACUGGUCGCAGGAGACUCUGUGAUCUUUAUCUGGUACGGCUACAGUGAGUUGCUCCUGGGAGUUCGGCGCGCUCAGAGUCCGCAGCGAGUUGCUUCCGCCGACGCCGUGCACGUAGGCCUCGUCGCUGCUCAUGCCGUUGCCACGAAUAGCUCGUUCACCCUAUCUUAUUUCCCAAGGGCGAGCCCAUCUGAGUUCGUCAUCCCACUGUCUAAGUACGUCAAAGCAGUCCUCCGCACGCGUUUGCUGGUGGGCAUGCGCUUCCGGAUGCUCUUCGAGACGUCAGAGUCAAGUGUUCGACGAUACAUGGGAAAGAUUAUAGGGAUCGGUGAUCUCGACCCUGUGCGUUGGCCCAACUCGCACUGGCGCUCCGUGAAGGUGAGUUGGGACGAGCACGCAGUUGGAGAGAGGCAGUUCAGGGUGUCACCAUGGGAGAUCGAGCCGCUGCCGACCUUUCCGAUGUAUCCAUCUCCUUUUCCUUUGGGGAUGAAGCACUCGUGGCCUACUGGAGUCCCCUGCCACCAUGGUGAAGAUGACGAUAACGUGGAUUUGGCUUCACCGCUGAUGUGCUUCCAGAACGGUGGAAACCUAGGGUUUCUAUCACUGAAUGCUCAUAGCAGCGCUGCUGCACCGUGGAUGCAGCCGAGGUUCGAUGCUCCGAUGCUGCAAGCGGAGAUGUGGCCGAUGACGGCGGCAUCUGGGCUCCUGGAGAAGAGGGUUACCGAUGCCGCAAAGCAGGCAUCAGCUGCAACGCUGCAACCGCAGCAGACUCCAACACCGCUAGGUCAGAGUCUGGAUCAUGGUGGUCCACCUCAACCUCCACCUCCACCAGCCUUUCUUCAGAUCGCUCAGCUGAAUCUGGAGCAGAUCCUGCAUCAACAAGCACAACAGCGGUCGGCGGCCACCACCGCCGCAGUGGCUCCUCCGGUCCAGUCUCUUCUUCUUCCUCCUCCUCCUCCUCCAGUUGGAUAUGCUGACUUCAGCCCUAGUAUUCCGCCACUGCAAUCACCCUAUGAUACCUACACCAUCUUGCACAACUCAACUGAUGCCACUCUUCCUGCCUACUCUCUUACCUACCCUAUCGAUCUCACCUCGGAGGAUAUCCUUUCGCUGCACCCUUCCUUUCACUCCUCCUUGGAGUCUCUUCCGCCUCUUGAGGUUUGCAUCCACCGUGACUCUGUUGGCGGCGAACUUAUCACCAGAAAUAACGAAAGAUUCUUCUUUUAGAUUCUCAAACCAUUGAUUUGCAUAUGAUCCAUCGUAUGCAUGCCGGUGGCAAUCUUCGUAAUCCAUAUUUAGUACGUCAGAUCGAACAUGAAACAAAGGAUAAUGUUCCCUCCGGAGAGUUGUAU